AGGCUACCAACUGUCGCCUCUCACUACUUUCUGCUUUUAUGCCUUCCCUAACGACUGCGCAUGUCUAAUGGUCACAUGACCAGCCCCACGCGCACUUAGUGUAGUGUCAUGUGAUAUAGUAGACAAAAUGGCGCUGUCUUCUUACGAUAUCCGUUUGUACAAUAUUAUUGUACUGGGACUAGCAUUUAUGCUUAUUUUCACAGCUUUUCAAACAUGCGGCAUGGUUGAGAAUGUUGUCAUCAGCAGUGCCACCAAAAAUAGCAAUGGCACAUUUACUGGCAGCGGCUACAUCAGUCUGGGUAUUGUGUAUGGAGUUUUCUCUUUGUCAAAUUGGGGUGCUCCUUCAUUUGUUGCCUUUGCUGGAGCCAAGAUGUCAAUGUUUUUCUCAUCUCUAAUGUACUUUUUGUUUAUCCUUUCCUUUUUGAAACCUAUGGAAUGGGCACUCUACUUGGGCUCAGCUUUGGUUGGUCUGGGAGCAGCAGUUCUUUGGACAGCACAGGGGAAUUUUCUGACUAUCAACUCAGACUCUCAAACUGUUGCUAGAAACAGUGGAAUAUUCUGGGCAUUGCUGCAAUGCAGCCUUCUGUUUGGCAACAUUUACAGCUACUUUGUUUUCCGAGGACAAGAUACAAUUACAGAUGAUUCCCGUAGACUGUUAUUUAUAGGAUUGAGUGGCGCUAGCUUUCUUGGCUCUUUUGCCUUGCUCUUGUUGAGAAGAAAGCCCUACAGUUUAAAUUCAGUUCGCACUCUUAAUGUCAGUCAGGAGAUAAGUGAUGACAGUAUGGGCUCCAUAAGCGAAAACAUUUCUGGGACCAAUAACCAGGGGUCUGUAAGUGCCAUGCAGCCAGCAGAUACACCACUGAUGGCUCUUAAAAAGUCAUUUCAUCUGUUCAGAACCAAGGAAAUGAUGAUCCUCAGUGUCGUAUUUGCUUAUACAGGAUUGGAAAUGACAUUUUUCAGUAGUGUUUAUGGCACCUGCAUUGGCCAGAAUGAGCACUUUGGACAGCAGCGCAAAGCUUACCUUGGCAUUUCUGGGAUGUUGAUUGGUGCAGGAGAAAUUGCAGGAGGUGUGAUCUUUGGCUUAAUUGGGAAGAAGACAAAUGCAUUUGGGCGUGACCCCUUGGUAGUCAUCGGUUUCUUAACGCACAUGGCAGCCUUUCUUCUGGCAUUUCUAAACCUGCCAAUGAAUUGUCCUUAUGCUGAAUCAUUUGACUCCACCUAUAUUACAUCAAACCUAUACCUAACACUCUUUGGUAGCUUUCUUCUUGGCUUUGGAGAUAGCAGUUUCAAUACUCAGUUGUACUCUUUGAUUGGUGACAUGUAUGCUACAGAAAGCCCUCCAGCUUUUGCAGUUUUCAAGUUUGUACAGUCUGUGGCUGCUUGUGCUGCAUUUUACUAUGGUGGUGUCAUAGAGCUCAAGUGGCAGUUACUUAUUCUUGUUGCCAUGGGAACAGGGAGCCUUCUUUCCUUCAGCAGCAUUGAGUGGAAAGCGUUACGAGCAAAACAGGCUGGAUACCAGGCAAUAUAGGUUCUGAUAUAAAAAGUCAUGCUGGAGGAUAGAACAGAUCCAUUAAAACAACCAUGUACAGCUGUUCCCUAAUGCAAAGGUCACGAGGAUGGGACCUGUUGGGAAAUGCUGUGCUAACACUUUCACAGAACUAUUUCAGCAACCUUACAGGUCUUUCAUUGAUACAAAUCUGCAUGUGUUUGUAGUUGUCAUUUCAUAGUUUUAAUGGAUGUUCAAAGUUUAUGUAUUGCAUAGAAACAGAUCUAGAAGUGAACAAAAGGUUCAAUUAUGAAAGCUAAUUAAGAUUCAGACUUAUAAAAUCAUUUUCUUAAAUGUUAUGGAUAACAGUAUCUGUACAAGUCAUUUGUCAAGCAAGAAGCUAACGUUUUUCUUGCUCCUUCUAUUCCUAAGUUUAUCAUUUGAGCUUUAAAGAUGUUUGCACCUAGCAUAUUGUUUGAAUUUAAUUUUGUUUCCUUGUGAGACAUGAAGCUGCAUGAUAAGUGGUUUAGAUUUGAUGAUCUAACAGAUAAAGUGUUUACUGUGUACUUCUCCAAACCAUGUACAGAGUAAAUUUGUAUCUCUCCAUCAUUUAAAAUUUUUUCUGUCUUUCUGGAAAAUUAUGAAAAUGGGUUAAUUUUUCCUUAUUUUGUCCACUUAACCCAUGUCUUGUUCUUAAGCACUAUGAGCAUGCCUCUUACGAGUAUGAGUAUGCUCUAUACAAAUCUUGCAUUUAUUAUUACUAUUUUAAAUAAUGAAUGCUAUUACUGAUGAUAUAUGUAUAAAAGUAUAAAAUUAACGUUUUGCUGUGGCAAUCAUUUUUAAUUGGUGGUAUAUAAGGUAUUCACUAGAGACCUCCAUUUUUGCCUAUCAGCAGCAAGUCUAGCUAUGUUGUUCCAUGACACUUUUUAGUCCUUUAGUUUUCUCUGUACUGACCUACACCAUGUUUCUUUAGGAUGAUCAUAUUUCUUCUUGCCAUAAGCUGUCUAAACAUCAUUACUAGUUUACAAUAAUUGUAUUUGUAGAUGGUUUCCUUUAUCAUCAUUGGCUCUCAAUAAUUUCUUGUUCUUCUGUCUUGAUUUCUUUCAACACAUUUGUCGAUUUUAAAAGUGUGUGAAAGUCUGUAAAAAAUUUUCUUUUUACUUUAUUUUUCUUACAAACUUGUAUUACUGGACUGGUUGCAGAUGAUUUUUUUUUCUACUUAGCUACUAAAAUGAGGCUGGUGUAUAAAAAAAUUCCAGUUUAGCCACGUUUCAGCUUAAUUACUAGAACAAGGCUGGUGUAUACAAAGCUUCUGGUUUAGUCGCAUUCAUUGUUUAGGCUCGCCGAGACUAACAGCAGAAAACUUAGCAAGAGGCUAAGCAUUAGUCUCGGCAGACAGACAGCAGUGCACCUAUACACGUCCAUAAUUUUUCCUGAUAACCAUUUUCUUCAUGUAAUUAACCUACUGAUGUUUGCUGUAAUGUUUCGAUCUGCCAUCACAUGUUUAAUGGCAUGGUGUAUUUAUUUGUACUAUUUUCUAAAAGGAGGUAAUAGUUUUGUAUGUUGAGAGAUUGUAUCUUGAAUGUGUGUUCUUGCAUGAGUAUCUGGGAUAGUGAUGUUUAUUUUGUGACAAAACCUUUAUAUUUUCCACGUGAGUGCAAUUGGUCUCGGACAUUUCCACCCCUAAUAACAUUCUAGGUUGACAGAUUAUCCUUUCUUGUCUGGCCAGCAUGUCAGAGCAAUGUUUUGCCUAGAUAUCUAUUUUUAUCAUUAUUUCCCUUAUUUGCAGCUUGCAUUGCGAGAAAUUUUGCAUGAUUAAUACGAAUAGGUUUACAUUAAGAGUUUACAUUUUUGUAAACUAUGAAAAGUGAUUUUGGGACAUGACAAAAAUGGCAUAAAGACUACGAACCACAGGCUGUAACAAGCUUUAAACAAACAUGUGUGUAGAUAUAUAUAUAUGAACAGAUGAAGGUCUUUUUUAUUUGCAUGAUAUGAAGAUUCCCAUAUUGCACCAGCACAUUUUUCUUUUAGCAGCAUUGCCGAAGUGCCUUAGGUGGGUAACCAUCUUUCAAGCAUUGACAAAAACAUUGCACAUUCCACUUUUAAUAGUACACAGUAUUAUAGUAUGUCUGUGUUUCUGAAUGGAUAACUAUGUAACCUGUUGUGUAAAGCCAUUUCACUCUAGAAAAACUGUUGUUUUGCAAGUUCUGUGUUGUCUAUGGCAAGGAACAAGUUUUGGGCAGAAGAAAUGUCAGCUUUCACACCAGAUUCGGACUUUACGAGUCUCGCGUUCCCAUCAUGCUCUUUGGCUGCAAGACAUGGUCUUUGCUCACUGACACCUUGCCAAAGAUGGACCUCCAAGGGUACAUCAAAGGUGGUUGAUGCCAUGACAAACAAGAGAAAAGCUGGUUGACAAAUAUAAAGGAAUGGACCAGCUGUCCUAUGAGGGACCUUCUCAAACAGGCACAAGACCGGUCUUGGUGGCAUGAGCUUUACCUUGGCUGUGUCACUUUGUCUUCCAGAUGACAAAUGAUGUCUUCCACAUGAUGGUUAUCUCCAGUGCCAGUUAAGGGAUUAGAAGAACUGGUACGUGGCAGUCGUGACGGAUUUUAUUUUUCGGCUGAAACGAUUCAGUGACCAGUCAUAAUCAGCAUGUCGAUAUUUUGUCUUUUUACUUUCUUUGGGUUUAUUAAGUUGAAAGUUUUUUUUGUGUUGUCUUUUAUUUGAUUUAUUCUGAUGACUUGCAGCUUUAUAUUGUAUGCUUCAUCGAGGGUCUGGGAAGGACUAGCGUCAAAGGGUUCAUUCUCAUCAAUAUGGUCUUAAACAUUCAUUUUGUUUAAAAUAACUUUUUAGAAGUUUUCUUUACUAUCCAUGAUCUGGCUAAAUCAAUUUUAAUAAGUGUGCUGGCAACACAAGUGAAUGUCUACAUUGUUUUAAAUUCUUCACACAUAGUUUUUUUUAAUGAUUUAUUCAGAAAGAUGCAUUACAAGAUAGAAAAUAACAAUUUAAAUGAGGUUAACCAAAAUUAUUGUGGUUGUGUGGACAGUAUAAUUGUAUAUGUAUUUACCUUGUACAGUACCUGAAUGCUUAUGCUUCAUAUAUUUUAAGUUUUAGUUUUCUUUUGGAAGGACCUUAAUUUUAACGUGUGACUUUUAACUUCAUGACUUUUAAUGUGAUGCCACUGCAGUGAUAUUAAUGUUGAGCACAGUCUCAUUUUAAGAGUAAAUGUUGAUGUUUGAAUGCACCAAUGCAUGCAUAUGUGACUAUUUCUCAAACGGCGACAUCUAAAGUGAUUAUUUACCUUUUUUCUUUUUUAAAUAGAAGCGAUUAUAUUUAGUUCAUUUCAUGGUUUUUUGCUCAGCCAGUGUGGAUGUGUUGUUUUGACUACACAUUUUUUUUUUUUAUUAUGGCAUGAAUUCUUUCUACAUUUGGCACUUGUAUGCAGAGUUGGACCCAUGUGCCUAGCUAUGUUUUAGUUGCUCUUUAUGGUUGCUAAAUGGUACGUUGAGGCCAACCUUCAGGAGGAAUGACGCAGUCUCCUACAAAUUUGAACCACAAACAGCGGAAGAAGUCUUACCUGACAUUGUUGAUAGAUUUCUAAAGAGAGCUGUGUUAACAAACCAGUUAGCGCAGGAGUUCUCGAUGAAUGAGAGAUCAUCCAAAGAAUCCACUUACAAGACUGCUAGAAUGAUCUUUGGAGUUUUAGAAUAUUUAUUUGUAACACAGACCACGACAUGCACAAUGAAAACAGGAUAAGAAUUUGUAAGGAUUUCUCUGUGAUCAUGUUCUUUGCCUUUUUCGCUAAACGAUGGUUUAAAAAGAAAAACACUUGGCACAAGACAGUCAACAAAGCAAAGAUUUUAAACCACAGUGAAAUGAAUGAUAUAGCAGUACCAUACAGAAAGAAACAAUGCUAUAUGUAGUCUUUUUGGUGGCAGUAAUGAGUCACUAAGCCAAUUUCAGGCAAAAAAAUGGUAUGCUCAAACUGACACCACAGCUGCAGAUGGAAGUGACUAAACACAUAUGAGGAUAAUCAACUAAAAACUGCAGGCAUCAAGAACAAGUGUCUUUCUAAACAAUAGUCUUUGGACUGCCCCAGAAUGACAAACGAACAUAACGGAGCCUAUUGCUAGUAAGUUCAUUUAAUUGUCAUCUUGGCAAAGAGCAUCACAAAAUUGACAUUUCACAACCUUUACUGAUUGAUGAGCUCCCUCCCCCUCCUAUAUCAGAUCACCUAUUGUCAUCAAAUCAUGAUGUCUGAUGGCAUUUAAAAUCUCCAAGGAUGUGAGACAGACUCAUUAUUUUCUGCUAAGAUAAUGUGGUCCUAUCGCCAAAUAAGUGUACUGGUUUCUAAAUGAUGCUGUGCAAAUGAUUUCCUUGAAAUUUACUGCUAGCUGACUCAAGAGGAAAAAUGCACUUGUGAAAUUUAUAACUAAGUGCACCUUCAGAUGCUGACAACUUGCUGCAUGGACACCUGCAAUUGCCACAUUUUAAUAUCUUAAUGCCAAACUUAAUACUGAUUAUAAUGAUGAUGAGGCAAAACCCUUUGAAGGGGUUAUUAAAACUGUACAGUGGUCAGGUCUGGUGGAUAUCUAUAUUUAACAAGCUUGCACUUAGUUUUCCAAUAUCUGUACAAUAUUAGCACGUAAAACAUUCUUGCUUGAGUGCAAUAGAUUUAUGUGCACAAACAUGCUGACAAAUGGUCUUGACCAAAAUAUUCUUAACAGAUUGCUUUUUAACACAGUGUUUGUAAAUAACAAUAAUUUUGUAUAACACAUUGGCAGUUAUUGAAAAUGGCGGUCAUUUAAUAACCUCAGCAAUUUGCUAAAUAGAAAGUUAUUCAUAUCAACAUUAUAUGAGACAGCUCAAGACAAAAAAAAAAAAAAAAAAAAAAAA